AUGAUUGGGAUUCAUGGCGUAAACACAAACCGAGCUGCUGACUGUGGUGCUGGUAUCGGAAGAGUAACGCGGCACUUACUACUGCCUAUUUUCAAGAAUGUCGUUAUGGUCGAGCCAGUAGCCGAACUGCUUGAAAAAAGCGUUAGUUAUGUGGGCGACAAUGGCAACGUGACGAGAAUUCCUGUUGGGCUUCAAAAUUUUCAUCCUGAACCCGCCAACUUCGAUAUGGUUUGGAUCCAGUGGUGUUCUGGUCACCUUACUGAUAGCGAUAUGGUCCAGUUUCUAAAGCGUUGCAUAGAUGGGAUCAACAAAGAAGGCGUCAUCGUAUUCAAAGACAACCUCUCUGCUCAACAAGAUUCAGAAUUUGAUAGUGAGGACAACAGUUGGACGAGACCAGAAAAGCUUGUUUUGGAACUAUUUGAGCGGGCAGGAUUAAGAGUUGUAGCAGAAAACGUUCAAACAGGAUUUCCACCUGGGAUGUACAAAGUUAAAAUGUUUGCUCUGAAACCUUUUCGAGAGUAA